AUGCUAAAAUACUUUCAGGAAUUUCCUCAACUUGUCCAAUCACAAUAUGGACAGCAGGUCUACAAUCCAUACAUAACCAGUACGGUUUCAACUACAAUCCCCACAACAACAACCACAGUUUCAAAUUCCUUUCCAACAACAACAAUAUCAACAGGAAUUUCCUCAUCUUGUGCAACCACAAUAUGGACAACAGGUCUACAACCCAUACAUUACGAUCAGCGUUUGCCCGAAUUAGAGCCUUUUCAUUUAACCGAUACCAUUUAUACAAUUGGUAAUGUUAAAUUAACACAAUCCGAAAUUCAUCUUUUAUCAAAAGGUCUAAAAUUUAUUCCGAAUCGACCAUUUCAUAUAACGGAUUACUUUCGACAACGUGUUAAUAAAAUGUUAAGUUUACCACAUUACAAUCAUAUCAAUAUUGAUCGGUUUCUUCUAUCGGCUUAUUCACAUCGUACUUCAUUCAUCCCAAAUCUUGCUCGUGAUGAACAACUGGCAUUACAAUUAUUAAAAAGUCGUGAUGACAUUAUAAUUCGUCCAGCAGAUAAGAAUGUUGGUAUUGUUGUCUUAGAAUCAAAAGUGUAUGAAUCAAAAAUUUUAGAACAACUAAACGAUAGGAAAUUUUACGAAAAACUUGACUAUAAUCCAACACAUCAAACAUUUCAACGUAUUAAAUUAGACUUAGAACUACUGUUUAGAAACAAAUCAAUUACUUUUAACACCUUAAAACGUAUUACCCCAAAAAAAUCAACAUGCGGUGCUUUCUAUAUUUUACCAAAAGUACAUAAAUUAAAAUGCCCCGGUCGUCCAAUCGUUUCAGGAAUUGAACAUCUUACAGCGGAUAUUUCAAAAUAUUUAGAACGACAACUAACACCAUGUGUAUCAUUAUUGAAACAAAUAGCAUUGGAUUACUAUAAUGCUGAUAACUCUAUUAUACUAAAAGAUACAAAUCACCUUUUACUUCUUUACUUUCAAAGGACAUUAUUUCAAACAAACGAAAGGUACUGCUAUGGGAACGGCUUUUGCCCCUCCCUACGCAAAUAUAUAUGUUUUUCGUAAAGAAAUUUUAGCAUUACGUGAAUUUCU